ACAGCUGGAGUACGUAUUGGCCAAAGAAAUUCUAUCCACAACCCCACUGUUGGACAGAAAUCUAUCCACAAUUGUGUUCAGUCCAACACCCUUUAAGUUCAUAAAGCAGAGAUUUUCAUCCCUCUUCUAGUUUCUUCAACUAACAAAGCAUUCUGUUCAUUGCCUCGAGUAUUCAAUCACUUGAGUAGGGAUCGAUGGCUGAAUUUCUUACAUUUCCUGCCCAGGAAAUGCUGACCAGAGUGACUUCACUUGCCGCUCAAGAGUUCAAUCUUGUGUGGGGAUUCAAUGGAGAAGUAACAAAGCUGCGUGAGUCACUGCUGGUGCUUGAAUCUAUGCUACGAGAUGCUGAACAUCCGCGACAAGAUAAGGGAGAGGCUGUGAAGCUGUGGGUGAAGAAGCUUGAAGUCAUAGUUCAUCGUGCUGAUGAUCUGUUAGAUGACUAUGGAUAUGAGCUUCUCCGGCGUAAGGUGGAACUGCGAAACCAGAUGAAGAAAAAGGUUCAAGAUUUCUUUUCCCUCUCCAAUCCCAUUGUAUUUCGUGUUAAAAUGGCACAUAAAAUUAAGAAGAUCAACGCAUCUUUAGAUGAUUUGUAUAAAAUGGCAAGUGCUAUUGGGAUUGCUAGGCUAACCGCAGAUGCAGCAACAUCCCAUGAUAUAAGAAUUAGCAGGGAAACCUACCCGAGCUUUAAAAUAGAUGAAAAUAAAAUCCUUGGAAGGGAGGAGGUUGUGUCUGAUAUAGUGGAAGCCUUGACCACCUCAAGCAAAAAACAGGAAAAUGAUUUAUCUGUUAUGGCCAUUGUGGGAAUGGCAGGACUAGGGAAGACAACUUUGGCUAAAUCUGUGUACCAUGAUGAUAAGAUAGACAAACACUUUGAUGAAAGAAUAUGGGUUUGUGUAUCUACCCCUUUCGAGGUCAAUUCGAUUCUAAGGGGAAUCUUGGAGUUUCUUAGACCAGAACAUGCUGCAGUACAAUCUAUAGGUGCAAUAUGUAGAGUCCUCAAAGAAAACUUAAAAGAGAAAAAGUAUCUUCUUGUGCUUGAUGAUGUCUGGAAUGAAGAGUCCCAAAAAUGGCAUGAUUUGAUCAGUUGUUUGCUAAGAGUCACUGAUAAUCAAGGAAGCAGUAUCAUUGUCACUACCCGCAGUGAUAAAGUUGCAAAAACAGUAGAGACUCUUCCGAGGUGUGAUUUGAGAAAACUAUCAAAUGAUGAAUGUUGGCUUAUACUGAAGGAUAGAGCAGUUCCAGAUGAAAGUGAUCCAAUGCCUCAAGAUCAAGAGAGAAUUGGAAAGGAAAUUGCCAAAAAGUGUGGUGGUGUACCAUUAGUGGCAAAGGUCGUGGGAAACAUCAUGCGCUCUAAAACGAUUGUUGGAUGGAAAUCACUUUUGGAAAGUGAAAUAUGGGAUUUACCAGAAGAAGAAAAUAGAAUCUUGUCAAUUUUGAAGUUGAGUUUUGAUGAAUUGAAAUCUCCACAGUUGAAACAAUGUUUUGCAUAUUGCUCAAUGUUCAUCAAAGAUUUUGAAAUGGAAAAGGAUGACUUGGUCCAACUUUGGAUGGCUCAAGGAUGGCUUCACCAUUCAGAGAUGGAGGAUAGAGGUAACGAAUAUUUUGAUAUCUUAUUAGAAAAGUCCCUUUUUCAAGACAUUAGAAGGGAUUCCCAUGGUAAUAUUACCAAAUGCAAGAUGCACGAUCUUGUGCAUGAUCUUGCAAAGCAUGUAUCAAAUGCAAUGAACACACACUCACUCUUUUUGAAGGAAGUUCCCAAGGACUUCAAUUUGCAUAGCUAUAAAUCUCUACGUGUCUUAAAUUUAUACAAGGCAGACAUUGACAAGUUGCCAAUUUCAAUUGGAAAGUUGAGACACUUGAGGUAUUUGAAUGUUAUGAAAACAAAUGUCAAAGCUUUUCCCAAAUCAAUUGGUCAACUUUACUACCUGCAGACAUUAAAAAUGCCUUAUCACAUUGAAGAGUUCCCAAGAGAAAUUGCAAGUUUGACCAACUUGAGACAUAUUUAUUUUGGUAAAUUUGUGAAAGUUCCUGCUGGGAUAUUGGGAAGAUUGACUAAUCUCCGAUCAUUACCUUCUCUAAGAGUGGGUGAGGAGACUGGUUCUGGGAUAAAGGAGUUGGGUGGUUUAAUCCACUUGCGGGACACCUUGUCUAUUUAUAGUCUGGAACAUGUGAGAGAUGGAGAAGAAGCAGAGAAAGCAAAGUUAGCCGAGAAGGAACACAUACGCAAGUUAACUCUUGAGUGGAAGCUGAGUAGACCAAGCAACAAUGUUGAGAAUGAAGAAGGUGUUCUUGAAGGGCUGCAACCGCAUUCUAAUUUGGAAUUUUUGGAGAUUAAGGGGUUCAUGGGUGCCAAGUUUCCAUCAUGGUUAUUGCCGUCCGACAACUUGAAAGAGAUUGAAUUAUUGGGGUGCAACAAAUGUGAAGGAGUCCCAGUACUCGGCCAUCUGCCCCAUCUUAGACAUAUUAAGAUCAAGACCAUGCAGAACCUAAGGUGUUUGGGGUCCGACUUUUAUGGUUAUGAUCACAUAUCCAAUGUGGCUACUACGAGUGAGAAGACAAUAGUUCUGUUCCCAGCAUUGAAAACAUUGCAUAUUGAGGAGGCUGAAAAUCUAGUAGAAUGGGUGGAAGCAGAAGUGUUGCCAGGAGAAAGAUUAAGGGUGUUUCCUUGCCUUGAGGAGUUGACUCUGAAAAAGUGUAACCAGUUGAGAAGUGCUCCUAGCCAUUUUCCAUCUCUCAAAAAGUUGGUAAUGGAAGAAGUGGAUAGCAGCAUGCCAAUAGCAAGUAUUCUAAGCAAUGAACUAACCACUCUCACUUAUCUCGAAAUAGGCGCUGUCAAGACACUUACUUGUCUGCCGGAAGGCAUGUUGGAAAACAACAAAAAUCUGGCAUAUCUGGAGAUAUGGAAUUGUGAUGAGUUAACUUGUAUUGCUCCCCAUGGGGUUCAGUACUGCUGCGAGUCUCUUCGGUCGGUGCUUAUUUGGUUUUGUACCAAUCUGAGGUAUUUACCUGAUGGGCUUCGCCCUCUCUCUCUAGAGGACUUGGAAAUAUGUUAUUGCCCCCGUCUAGAGUCCAUCUCAAUCCUACACGGUGGCCUCCCAUCCCUCCGUAGAUUGUCUAUCCGUUGGUGUGAUCAGUUAUCCAGUCUAAUCAAAUGCCACCUCCCAUCGCUACGUGAGUUAGAGGUGGGGUCGUGUUCUAAAUUGUCAAGCAUACCGAGUGGCUAUUGCACCUCUCUUGAGAAUUUGACUGUAACAGGGUGUGAUAAAAUAACAUCUCUUCCGAUCGACAGCCCCACAUCCCUCCACAACUUGUCUGUAAGUAAUGUAAAGUGUCUUCCAAAUUUACACGGCGGCUUCACAUCCCUCCGUCAAUUGACAAUCGAACACUCUAAGAGUACGCAAAUUGAGGUAGAAUUUUGUGCUUCUCUUCAAAUCCUCGUCUCUCUUCAAGUGUUGCAUAUAAGAAGUUGCUAUAAUCUAGAGUCUAUUCCAAGUUUAGAAAAGCUCGCAUCUCUCCGCCGCUUGGAAAUUUCUUUUUGUCUUCAAUUGAGGUGUCUACCCAGUGGGUUAGCAAUAGCAUCCCCACUCUGCCUCACUAGUUUGAAGAGCUUGGACAUUGGCCCGUUUUGGUAUGAGCUCGGUACAUUCCCUGCUAUUCAGGUUAUACCACAACUUGAAUCAUUAACAUUGCAAGGGUGGCCUAAGCUCAAGUCUCUGCCUGAACAAAUUCAACACUUCACUUCUUUGACAUCUUUGAAUAUGAUAGCCUUUGAUGGUGUAGAGGCUAUUCCAGAAUGGUUAGGAAAGCUUGCAUCUCUGGAGACCUUACGUAUUCAGAGUUGCAAGAACUUGAUGUAUCUACCAUCUAUUGAAGCUAUGCAACGCCUCACCAAAUUAAACGGGAUAUACAUCUCUAGAUGUCCCCUUCUGAUUGAAAGAUGCAUGGAGGAGAGCGGCCCAGAGUGGCCUAAGAUCUGUCAAAUCCCUGAUAUCCGAAGUAAGCCUUUUCUUUUUCUCAAUUUCUUUUCUUAAAUCAAUUAAACAUGAUCUUUUCUAUUUUGUUCUUGUUGAAGGAAAAUCAAGUUUAGUGUGCCUUAUCAAACUAGGAAUAGGA